AUGAAGCCGUUGGGACUCGUCGGCGUCAUUAAUGCACUGGCCCAUAUUCUCAUUUCGACCAGCACAGUCGUCGCGCUUCCCCUUUCACGCCCAGAUGACAUCGUGGGCGGACUGUCGGAGGAGCAAGUGACGAGUCGUUGCCAUGGCCAUGACCAGCAUCAGCGUGUCUUCAACGUGCUUCUGUACCAGCGCGAGCCAUGUGUCGGCGACGCUCCACCCACGUACGAGACUCCUCGCCCGCUUGUCCUUCUCUUCGACCGGACAGCCUCGGAGGACGAGGCGCUUGAGCAUGAGAGUUCGCCUGCCAAUACCUCGGACGGCGAAGUAGUAGAGCGUCGUUUCGUCAAGCCAAUUGGGCGGUUUCUCAAGAAUCUUUCGUUUGAGGAUCGCUUGGGGCUCGGCGGGGCCAUCGCAGGGUUACUUACCUUCUAUCCGUAUGCCAUUGCAUCCACGAUCUCGACUGCACAGACGCUGGACCAAAUGCGAGCGAAAAAGAAGGAAAGAGAGGAACUCGCCCGCCUUGAAGCUGCUGCUGCUGCUCGCGCCAGUGCUGCGGCCGCGUCAAGUCCACCGACUAACGUGCCUUCCCAACCCGAGCCUCAAGAAGUCCACGGUCAUCAUCAUGAACAUCUGGAGUCUCACAAUAACAGCAAAGACGCGGCAAAGCAGAAGCCUGCGCCAACUGGCAAGCCACCGGUACCACCCAACGGCAAAAAUGCCGGACCCCAGCCGGCUGCCAAAGUAGGUGCAUCAUUGCCGGCUGCUUCUCCGAAUGGAGCUACGGUCACAACCUCCGCGCCAUCUCCAGCCAUUACUAAGGGCAAGCGAGAACCGCAAAGCAUCGACUUGUCCUUUCCUCUCCUUCUCCGGAGCCCCAACUUUGACCUGAAAAUCGAGCCUUGGAACGGCGACGGAAGAGCAGCGGCGGCAAAGACCGCCAGAUCCGACCCUCUGCAGAAGCGCAGCCCUAUGCCUGUCAACGCGCCGGCACAAAUGCAGGCCUUUAAGCGGUUGAUUGCCAUUUCCGGUCUCGUUGUCGGCAUUUCUUACCUUCCCAAUGCCGGCAUGACGCUCUUUAACACCGUCCAGGCGAUGCCCGACCCUGAGCAUGAACGAGUCAAGGCUAGGCUGGCCGUGCUCAGAGCCCAGGAGGAGAAGGCAAAGGCCGAUGCUCAAAGCCAAGCCAAGGCAAAGGUCGAUGCUCAGAGCCAAAGCAAGGCAAAGAGAGAAAUGCCUGUGGUUGAAGACGAGGGUCGCUUGAUUGCCGUCCUUGUGCCCUGGUCUCUUCAGAACGACGGAGCACUUCUCGAUACUACGGGAGGCGACUUUGUGUUCGACGACGACGACGACGACACCACACGACGUCUGAUUAAGGAGUAUCUGCCUUAUGGAGAUGAGGUCGGAGAAGAUUUCCUGAAGCACAUAGAAGCCGGCUAUUACGUAAAGCAAAAUCAUCGAGGUGCACAUAUCGACGAUGAUGAAAGCGGCAAGCAAUCCUCCUGUGAAGUCCGGAUCUCACAAAGGAGCGAAGACCAAGCGCAGCAGCUUGAAUACGAUAAGAGGCAAAUUCUACCCAAUGGUAAAGUCCACCGCACUCACAUUCGACCAGCACCGUUUGCAAAGGGCCUUGCCAUCCUGUCCUUCGGCGGUGCUCUAGGAUUCUUUGCCGACAAAUUGGUCAAGCACCACAUGUCUCACAGAGUGGCAGUGAAGGAGGCUAUUAUUGCCCAGGCAAGCGACAAGGAGCUUGCGAAGGAUAUCUACAAGACUGGUGUUCUCGAAAACAAAGGGGGUCUUAUUGCUACUGUGGCAAAGCGUGGCCUCGACGAUCCAUCCUCAUCCCACGACUUGAUUGAUUGGAGCUCGGAGGAGGGAACAGGAAGUUCAGGAGAGGCUGAGACAUCGAGCACGAAACGGAAUGACGUCAAGCCACCAAAGGAGGAUCUGAAGACAAUUGUCACCGCCGCCGAAUCAAAAGAGUUGAAGUACUUUAAGCCCAAGAGUAAGCUUACAAAGACAAGCGCGGCUGCUCUACUCAACUUGGGCGUCCUCUCUGGCCUUGUCGUACAUCGUUGGCUGACUCGCGACGACGACAUCAAUAAGAAAUUGCUUCCCCUCGUCGACGCGCAUCUUCUCCACCAUCCUGUACCCAUUCCAGCACCUAUGUCAACAGCGCAAUCCGUUAAAGGUGUCCAGCCGAUCACCGUCAAGGCUAGGUCCCUUACGCUGGAUGACAUGCCAUUUCAACACUCGCAGGGGCAGGAUGCGAUGUUGAAAGACGUUCUUGAAUACCUCGACAAUAUUUCGCCGGCGCUGGGCAGUACCUCUAUGAAAUCUUACGCCAUCCUCUAUCCCGCUACACAAGAGUACGGUGAUCAUGGUGACCCUGAGGAAGUCUGCCGAGGAGAAAGGACGACCGCUCCUCUUGGAGGAAGCAAAACCAUGGAAGACCGAGCAAUGUUGAUGAACGACCAGCAAGGUGGUGAAGUCUCAGAGAGGACCGACCAGAACACAUUGCGCGGACGGCCUACAGCCAUGACGCUGAGCAAGGUCAUGCACCCUCUCUCAGAGCGCAAUCCGACUCAAUCAAUCGUCCAAGGUACCCUUUUGAAGCGUGGACUUCCGCUGGACGGAGAUAGGGACGAGAUUCGACUGCAGAAAAGGGCAAAAGGUAACAUUCGUGGUGCGGCAAAAAUGGUCAGCAAUGGAUUUGGUAGGAUUGGUGCGGGAGUUGGAAAGGUGAUUAACAAGCUCGUCGACGCUUUGAACGAUAAGAAGGCUCAGGCCCUUCUCACCGCUUCGUUCCUCUACCCCGCCGGCGUCGAGGUGAAAAAUGCUAUCUGGAAGCCUGGCACAGAGGCUGCACCUGAGACAGCUCAGCCCACGUCUCCGACUCCGCAUUCUCCCCCUAUUCCUCCUUCAACGACCCCGACGCCUCAGAAGACGGCGCCGGCAGUUUAUAAGAAGACAGGAAAGACGAGAACAAACAAGGUCACGCCCCUACCAGCGACAGAAGCUGAAACAGAACAUACGCCUCUUCUUCCAGUGAUGGACGUGAAAAAUGCAAGAGACAAGGAAGGUAAAGACCCGGCCAUGGUCAAGCGGGCUCGCAUAAGUGGAAGUAGCUUAAAGGGGCUGAAAAAGAUGGGAAAUCUCGUCGGCAAAGGCUUAGGUGUUCUCGGGAAAGGUUUCGGCAAAGGUCAAAGCAAAGUGGUCGAUACGCUCAAUCACCCCGGGAUGCAGGCAGCUACGACAUUAACAAUGUUUUUACCACUCGCAGGUCAAAUUGGCAACUCGAAGCAACCUCCCAACCCGGCUAAGAGAAGCAUCGAUGUCCCCUUUGGGCUUAUGCCUUCAGCAGAUCGGGACCUGCAAACUUCCGCAAAGGAGUCUUCGCUUACCAAGAGGUCCAGCACCUACCCAGAUGAUGGCCAGGAGAAUAAGCCUUUGCUGCUUCCAGUCAACCCUUACAGCGCGGAGCAAAGCGGAAAAGUGCUCGUCUCCCCUUCAGAGGACAGCGCAAGAUUCUUCACAGCGCCGCAUGAACCUCGUCUGGAGAAACGGGCAGAGAUCAAGGGCGCCGUGACCGCUAAUGUGGCCGCUUCGGCCUCACUCACCAAAACGACCGACAGAAUUACAGGCAGCAGCGCGAGCACGACCGACCCUGCACCGCCAAACCCCGCCUCAGAACAGCAGCAGGAGCCGCAGGGCAUUGCCUUGACGCUCAACCCCAAGGACGUAAAGCCAGGCGGGGGGAAACCAAAGGCGAAGAUCAGUUUCAAGACGUCGCCCAACAACCUCUUCUUCUCUGCAGAGACUGUCAUGAAGCGACGCGGUAUUCCUUCGGUCACGGUGCUUUCGCCAUUGUCCACAACAUCGAUGAGGAUGGUUCGGCGAAAGAGGCAGGCAGGGCGUAAGGACUGCGAGAAGGACGAAACUUUCUUACUCGACAAUGAGAAACCACUAACAUUCGUCAAGAGGGAGCCUGCUAACGGCCACAGUAAAGUCAACUACAGUUCUACAAAAGACGGGCAAGUCGAAUUCCACGGCCAGGCUGAUUUUCUUGGUCAGAAAGAGGACAAAGCGAGCUUACCGCAGAAUGUCGAGGUGAAGUACCACAAGGAUCCAGCUGGCGAGGCGGUCACAACAGUCACGUUGCGCACCAAAGGCCCUAAUUCGGCCGCUUCAGCUUCUGCGACUAGCACCCAUUAG